GUGGACCUGAAAGGGAAUGUGAAAUCUACCGGAGGAUCAAGGGUCCUGACCAAAGCGCCGUUAUUUUCGCUCAAGGAAAACGGAUGUGUGUGAUUGAGAGACUCAGGUAAAGUUCACCUGAAGACAGAAGAUCUGAAGUCUGACGCUUAUAACCUUACCUUCUGCUUGUGAGGUCGGACUCUGGACACUGAUAUGAAACUGAAAGCGAUUCAGAGGUUUUCUCUAUGAAACGGCACCUUGCAAUCAUGGAGACGCGAGAAGAACCUUAAAUAAUGCAAAUAAGCUGAGACGCUUUGAAGCAGCCUAUAUUGAUGUUCAAUUAUUCGUUUGUGUUGAGGAUUAUGUAGGUUUCUGUAAACAGCUCAUCCUCUUUGGGUUCAGCGUUUGAGAAAACGUCAGGAAAAGUACCUAGCAGAGGAAACGCUCGUGAAGCAUGGAUGCAAUUAGGUUUCCCGACUUUUUUGAUGAGAAAAACGAUUGGGAUCAUACACCUCGUGGUCUUUACUUUAUCAGAUGAGCCCAGUUUUAGAUCUCCAGAGGUUUUUAAGGCGUGACACCUGACGAAGACCUAAAAUGCAGAAGUCAAACAACAGGAAACUGUCUCUGUGCCAGGUCCUCACCCUCAUUACACUGCUGCUGUCUCCAGGUUGCCUGUCAUCUAUACCUUCAUCCCGACGAGUAGAGAUGGGACGUGAGGGGCCACAGAUGCGUAGCCAAAUGCAUUUCAUGAAUGAGUGGGCCUCGUGGGGCGGUUGGUCUGUAUGUUCGCUCUCCUGUGGUGGAGGGGCCUCUGUCCGUACACGCACCUGCAUCACCAGAAAUCUGGUGGGAGGGCCGUGCCCAGGGGACACCAGGCAAUACAAGAUUUGUAACACAAAGGAGUGUCCUGCUGACUCUAUGGACUUCAGAGAACUGCAGUGUAAAGCUUUCAAUGACAGACCCCUGGUCGCUGGCAGCAGUUACCAUUGGACUACCUUUCAUGGAGGCUCCAACCCAUGUGAGCUCAGCUGCCUGGCGAUUGGACACAACUUCUAUUACAACUUUGGACGGGUGCUUGAUGGCACAUCAUGCCAAUCAGAUCAGGGGACAGUCUGUGUGAAUGGAAAGUGUCUAAAGCCAGGAUGUGACUUGAUCUUUGGAUCACAGCAGCAGGAGGACGCCUGCAUGGUGUGUGGAGGCCACAACUCAACCUGCCUUCAUCACAGAAGUGUUUAUCAAAGCAACGGGCAGAACAAUGGACUGUUUGGGUAUAGUGAGGUCACUAUGAUCCCGGCCGGAGCCACACACAUCAGAGUGACUGAUAACAGCAGAAACUAUCUAGCACUCCAGAAUGGGCGCUCUCAGUUUGUGAUCAAUGGGCACUGGAAGAUCAAUAUUCCUGGAGAGUACAACAUUGCAGGAACCAAACUGCUGUAUCGCCGCUCUGCCGAUACCUGGGAGAGUUUUGAAGUUCCAGGACCUACUCAGGAGGACCUGCACAUCAUGGUCUUGUCAACUGAUAAGAACUCUGGGAUAGAAUAUGAGUACUGGCUCCCUCCAGACCGAUACGCCCUGUACCACGGGAGAAGUCAACUCCGGCAGCCUCACCACACUGCAAACCACUUGCCAUUCGAACCUCCAACCACUAUGACGACCACAACCACAACCACUACUACAACACAUCCAGCCACAAAACCUUUUUUCUGGGGUCCCGCUGCUCGCUGGCCCCUUCAGCCCCCCUAUCAACAGCAGCCAGUCCCACGUUUGGAAAGAGAUGAAAACCGCAGGAACCGACUGCCUGAAAUACAUCAUAGAGGCCACUGUGGGAAAUGCCGCCGGGUUCGAGGGAAAGGUGAGCGCCAGAGACAGUACUGCCAAAAAGAUUUUGUACUUCGAGCAAAAGUGCUGGAAAGAGUCUAUCAUGGUGAGGAGACCCGCUAUGACGUCCAAAUCAUCCACACAUACCGCAACCGUUAUCGUCUGGAGCACCGUGAGUUCCUGUGGGCCCCCAACAAAUGUGACUGUCCCCUUCUAGAGGAAGGCCACCAGUACGUGUUGAUGCUGCGACGGCAUAUAAAUUACGAACGCACUCUCAAUCGCAUCCUGAUAGAGGAGGACAGCUACGCUCAGCCUUAUCGAGCACGUGAAGAUGGCCUGCUGCGCCCCCUAGAGGAGCUCUGCGGUAACAGAGGUAGCAGGACUCAGUUUUUGGGUUAAACGCAUGAACGAUCACACUUUCACUGCACGAUUAUUCUGAAGCUCAGCUCUUAUGCCAAAAAACAAGGCACAGACAGAAACCACGCUGACGCUGACUUGAAAUACUGAAGCAUUUCGCAUUCCGCAGCAAGGAUAAUGGACACUUUUGUCGGGAUGAAUUAUGUCCAUGGGGGCAUGAGGUUAAUUAAAGUAAAGAAAGUCACUAAAUGAAGCACUUUAGGUGGACAGUCACCUUCUUUUAAAACGUAUACACCAAAGUAAAUAAUUUACACAGCAUGAUGCCCUUUCUAGCACAACGUGUCUGUUAAUGGCUUAAAAUCACUUGACAGCAUGUAUAUCUUUAUCAUGUGCAUUUUGAUGUUGUUUUUUAUAUAUGUAUUUAUAAGUUGACAGUAUUUCUAAAGGAAACCUUGAUUUAUAUAUUGCCUUAUAAUUUUAAAUGUUUUACCAUAUAUAUAAUUGCUUUUAUCUACGGUUAUAAAGUCCCUUAUAAAGUGAAA